GCUCCUAGUCUCCCGGCUUUCCGCCAUCUUGUAUUGGUGCUUCAUUGUUCGCACUGGGCUGGGCGGUUUAGUGUAAUUGCCGCCAAAGAAGGAGGCGGAGUAACCUCUGGUCAGCCGAGAAACCCCGCUAUUCUGCAGCCAUAGCCACUCAUAAGGUUUGGGAGGUAGCAAAGGUUAGGGACCUGGACCCGGAGGCCCCGCCGCGACAACAACAGCCAUGGAGGACGAGAUGCCCAAGACUCUAUAUGUCGGUAACCUUUCCAGAGAUGUGACAGAAGCUCUAAUUCUCCAGCUCUUUAGCCAAAUUGGACCUUGUAAAAACUGCAAAAUGAUAAUGGAUACAGCUGGAAAUGAUCCCUAUUGUUUUGUGGAGUUUUAUGAGCAUCGUCACGCAGCUGCAGCACUAGCUGCUAUGAACGGGCGGAAGAUAAUGGGUAAGGAAGUCAAAGUGAAUUGGGCAACAACUCCCAGCAGCCAAAAGAAAGACACAAGCAGUAGUACCGUUGUCAGCACACAGCGUUCACAAGAUCAUUUCCAUGUUUUUGUUGGUGAUCUCAGUCCAGAAAUUACAACUGAAGAUAUAAAAGCUGCUUUUGCGCCAUUUGGAAGAAUAUCAGAUGCCCGAGUGGUUAAAGACAUGGCAACAGGAAAGUCUAAGGGAUAUGGCUUUGUCUCCUUUUUCAACAAAUGGGAUGCUGAAAACGCCAUUCAACAGAUGGGUGGCCAGUGGCUUGGUGGAAGACAAAUCAGAACUAACUGGGCAACCCGAAAGCCUCCAGCUCCAAAGAGUACAUAUGAGUCGAACACCAAACAACUGUCAUAUGAUGAGGUGGUCAAUCAGUCUAGUCCGAGCAACUGUACUGUAUAUUGUGGAGGUGUUACUUCUGGGCUAACAGAACAAUUAAUGCGUCAGACUUUUUCACCAUUUGGACAAAUAAUGGAAAUUCGGGUCUUUCCAGAUAAAGGAUAUUCAUUUGUUCGGUUCAAUUCCCAUGAAAGUGCAGCACAUGCGAUUGUUUCUGUUAAUGGCACCACUAUUGAAGGGCAUGUUGUAAAAUGCUACUGGGGCAAAGAGACUCUUGAUAUGAUAAAUCCCGUGCAGCAGCAGAAUCAAAUUGGAUAUCCACAAGCUUAUGGCCAGUGGGGCCAGUGGUAUGGAAAUGCUCAACAAAUUGGCCAAUACAUGCCUAAUGGUUGGCAGGUACCUGCAUAUGGAAUGUAUGGUCAGGCAUGGAACCAGCAGGGAUUUAAUCAGACACAGUCUUCCGCACCAUGGAUGGGUCCAAAUUACGGCGUGCAGCCACCUCAAGGGCAGAAUGGCAGCAUGUUGCCUAACCAGCCGGCGGGGUAUCGAGUGGCAGGGUAUGAAACCCAAUGAGAAAGGACUCCAGAAUCUAAAGCCAGUGGCUUGAGGCUACAGGGAGUGUAGUAAAGCCUUUGUUUACUUAAAAGAUUUAUCAAAUCAGUCAGUGCAAAUGUCAGAUACAAUGUAUUUAUUUAAAAGAUUCAUUUUUUUAAUCAUGAAAUUACUUAUCAUCCACAUUGUUUAAAAAAAAACAAGAUGCUGGAUGUCUGCCAAUUUUUGCCUUCAUUACCUUUUUUGAUAAAGUUUAAAGUUUCUCAGAUCCUUGUUUCAAAUAAAAAUGCAGGGAUUGCUGCCACUUUUUUAAAUUGAGGCAGGAAAUUGCACAAUGUUGUACUUUUUUCCACUAAAGUAGUGUGCAGUUCUAGUUUGCAUUCCUGAUAUGAUUUAAAACAUGUAAUAUAAAGAUGUAAAAAAAAAAAAAAGACAAACCAAAACUGUGCAGAGUCUAGAAGUUCUUUAUUACCUUCAGCUUGUGCACAAUUCUGUUUUAGGUUUAAAAAAAAAAAAAAAAAGGCAUUGUUUGAGUUGUCCCAUCUCUACUUUUAUCCCUUUGGGGUUUUUAAAUAUAAAUUAUUAGUUUACAUCAUUUUUGUAUCAACCAUUUUUUCACAAAUUUGUCUUGCCUUAUUAAAGUUCUGUAAAAUAAGACUUAAAUGGAAAAAAAUGAUGUUCACUUAAAUUGAAAACUUUUCUCAGAUGGAUUGAUAAUUACAUUCAUUUGUGUUUUAUAUGAGAAGGUGCCUCGAGAAUUCUCUGUUGGAUUUGUUGAAAUGGAUUUUUAUCUUCUGUGAUGAACUUUGCUGUGUACCUGGAAAUCUAAAAAAACUUGUUACUAAAGAAAAUUUCUGGAAUGUGAUAAGUUCUUAUGAACCCAUGUUAAUUUCAUGUGUCAACUUCUACAUUUAUGUGUAUUAUUUCAUUAUGUAAAAUGUUUUAGCAAUUUAAUAUUUUGCACAGUUAGCGAACUUUGUAUGUCAUUUCCUUCUUAAAGGUAUCAUGCAGAGUUGACAUGAGACUUAUAAGGUUUUAAGUUGUUUGCAUGUGAAUAUCAAAUACAUACUUUGGUAGUCUUUGAAUACAAAGUCAUCUGCUCUUGUUUUUCAAGAAUUUUGAGACAUAAAAUUGUAUGUAAAGGAAUAUAUUAAGUUGCCAUUUUCUAGUCAGAUUUACUUAAAAAGAGUAAGUCGACUUCAUUGUAAUAUGUACAAAUGAUAGCUGUGAAACUGUAGAAUAUCCUUAUGUCAGGCUUGGGGUUCAUUGUGAACUCUAAUGCUAGCCUAAAGGACCAGCCGGGCAAAGCAUUUUUUAAAUGUUCAGAGGCCAAAAAAACAAACAAAAAACACUUAAAAUCCUACCUCCUUAAAGAGCCUUCAAAGAGGAGAAUCCUCAGUGCAAUCAUUACUUUUAUUCCUUUGGUACCAGUUUUCCUGGAGUUCCCAAUUUUAUCAUUUUGGGGUAUCUCCGAGCAUUAAGAGGCUUAGUCUUUGAUGGCAUUGUUCUAGUUUUGACAUUUCUAGUAUAUUUCAGUCGUUUUAGAAGAGUUGUGGGAGACUGUUUUGUUUUCAGCAAAGGUCACAAACCACCUUCCUUGACUCACAAAGGGUGAAGGUUCUCCAGUGUACAUAUUUGGAUAUUUGCUUUUUGGUUUUUUUUCCUUUUAAGACCUUCAGAGAACUCCCAGAAUUUUAUGUAGGAACAGAAAAGGUCUGUGAAGUCUUAGAGUUUCCUGGCCUGUAUCUUCCAGGUGGGAACAAAUGACUCUAAACUGGUCUCUACGCCAGUAUCCUUCUAAAUCAGAGCCCAGAAAAGACCACUUUGUAGUGCAUAAUUCUCUGGAGCUCAAUUCUAUGCAGUUGUGCUGAUGUUUCAUUAAGUCACUGUACAUUUUUAAGUGUUGGUACAUUAAAAGUUGCUUUAUGGACGAUAAGUAAAAUUUUAAAAUACUUGGAAAUUUUAUUUCCUUGUUAACUUUUACAGAUCAGGGCGUGUAACCAAAAGCAGCUUAAAUGAAAUACUCUAAAAAAAUAAAAUAUCAGGAAGCUAUUUUUAGAUUCCUCUGGCUUAUGUUUCUAUUUUAGGACCCUCAUGAUUUUCACUUAUUCAAAAAUAUUUUUAUUUCCUAAACAUCUUAAGGACUGCAGGGUAAAUUAAUUGGGCAUAAAGGAUUUAAGCAAAAGUUCAGUUUUCUUUUAUUUGGACUAUCAAAUAAUACCACUUUUUAUUAGCCAGUAUAUUUUCAUAUUGCACAGAUCUUAAAAUGUACAUUAACUACAUUUUGAGAAGACAAUAGUAUCAUUACUCAUGAUGAAAAGGUUACUACUGAACAAAUUCACAUUUCAGGAACAUUGCUAACUUCUAUUUAACUCUUAGUGUUGAAACAAGUUAUUUAAGGAUUUUCCAUCAAAACUCAUACUAGUGUUAUUAGUAUCAGGUAAGGAAAUUAAAAUUUCUAAAAUGGUUUCAUUCUCUACAAUAUGCAUUCAGAUUUACUUUAAAAUACAUCUGGUACUGUAAAGAACCUGAAGUGAUUCAUAGUUAAUGAGUCAUUAAUCCAGUAUUCUUUACCCUGACUGUUUGGAUAUUAAAGUUCCUUUAUGUUUUCUAUAGACUAUGGGAUUUUCUUGCAGUGAUUGUUGUGUGUGAGAAGUUUUUUUAUUUUGUUUCGUUUUCUGUCUUUUCUUUUUGAUCUAGCUGUAUGAUUAACUCAAAAGGUGUUUUUUUGUUUUAUUUUUUAAUCUUAUACCGGGAACCAUGGUUCACAUUGGGUUACAGAGAAAUUGUUUUUUGCAGAUAAAAGUAGUGCUGAAACAAGGAUCUCAUUUUCCCAGUUGAUACCUUACUGUUGAAAAUGAGAUUCACAUUCUAGUUUUAUUCUUUUGUCCCUGUGUUUGCUCAUCUUCUUUUUGUAUGCUUGCUAGUGUUUAUUCCCUUUGAGAAGGUAGUUGAUGAGAGCUAGAUUGCAUUUAAAAAGGGAGUCAGGUUUUACCAGCUGCUUUAAAGGCUCUUGAGGCUUCAGUUAAGUUUGAAAAGUAAAAUGUGUUUGUAGGAAAUGCGAAAACGAAUACAAACCUGUCGAUGAAGAGUGAAGAUUUUUCUAAAACCAAUUUCAUUUGUUU